UCUAUUAUCUAUGAUCAGAAGUUCACUUAGUUCAGAAAAUAGGCAUAGAUCAGAAUUCCCUCUUGCUCUACCUCGGGACCUUAGUGGUGGUUAUCCAAGCAUAGAUACGACAUACAAGGAGUGGCAUCACGUCGUCACGAUCAUUUCCCAGACCAAAUAGACUAGACCAUAGUACUUUUUGCCAGCUUAAAGAUUUACUCGCUUUGGUUUUACUACUUGGUUAGUUUCUGAGAAUGGCAGUAUCUCAGAAGAGUCAAGAUGAGUAUGAACCUGCUCCUGCCUUACCAAUAUCAGCUCACAGUGUUCCUGAUAUCUGCCAGAGUCGUGAUUUUACUCAUGAUCGCAGUAUUGAACCAGCAUGUAAAGGUGCUGAUAAAGUAGAGUCAUUGUACAAAGAAAGGAUGGCCAAUCCUCCCACACGUGAUGACAUGAAGCUACCUAUUACACUAGAUAACUAUAAAUCCAAGUUCACUGCCUUGCUCUAUUAUGAAGAACUGGAACGCAUUCACUUACUAAGACAAAAGUGUGAUGGUGCUUAUAAUCUGGUGCAACACUGGCCACAACACUUUAGUGAAAAGGAAGAUGGUAGCUUUUAUUAUCUUGAAGGAAUGUCCUCAACACAGGUUCUGUAUGCUAUGCAAGUCAGUGAUCAAUAUAUUCACAUUAAUAUUGGACAUUUGAACUGUCUUGGAAAAAUUAUUGGUCAUCUCAAUAACAAGCUUUUCAUUUCUUUUGAGAAAAGUUUUCAAAACCAAUCCUUUUUAAGAGUAAAAGCAACAUUUAAAGUUAAUCACCGUUACUUUGAUGGCCUCCAUGAAGUUAUUAAGAGAAUUAGCAUGAAAGCCUUGCGACGAAUUUUGCCAGAACCAAAAGAUUUUAACCCCCCAAGAAAGGCUGUCAUUGAUGUAAGAAGGCAUCUUCAGAAAGGAAUUGAUCUUGAUCCUGAGCAGAUUUCAGCAUUAGAAGCAAUACUCAGUAACCAGUGUUCAGCUCCUGUACUUGUACCUGGUGCUUUUGGCUGUGGUAAGACUCGUCUUUUUGCUGUGGCUACAGAAUGUUUCUUCAGAGAGCAUCGUGAGACUGGUCACCAUUCACCUUGUCGUAUUUUAAUCUGUUGCCAUCAUCAAAAUUCUGCUGAUCUUUUCAUAGAGUAUUUUAAGAAAAAUAUGACUGAAAUUUGCCAUGUAACAAUGGUUUGUGCUGUAGGCUCACAGUAUGAACCAAAGUUAGAUUACCACUAUGUUCAAGCUACUGAGUUUAACCUAUCACAGCAUCAGCAUGAAAAUGCCUUUUUAUUGGUAACAACAUUUGAUGAAGCACUGAACAUAUCUAGAAAAUUUGAUUUUUAUUUUUUUACUCAUAUUAUAAUCAAUAAUGGAGCUCAGAUUUGUGAACCUAAAGUUCUCAGUCCAUUUUUAAUGGCAAAUGAGGAUACUCAGAUUGUUAUUGCUGGGGAUCAUUGUAAGGUUGAUUUUGUUUUUGGUAAAGAUCCACAACAGUUUGGUUUAAAUGUUUCUUUACUUCAACGAUUAAUCGAAAGAUAUGAAUCUUUUGCUGACUGCGCUUCUCAAGUGGAUGUUCCUUUGUUCUCCAAUCACCAGUCUUCGCAUGCUCUGUCAUUAACACCACAGCAAUGUCAAAAAUCACCAUUAAGCAAUUCAUCUCAAUUGUCAUAUACUUCGUCACAAAGAGCAAUGUUAAAUGAGGCUUCUGCUUCUAAAGGAAUUAUAGUCCAAAAAAGCUCUAAAAGUGUUAAAAGCGAGAUGCAACUGUCUUUAUCUAGUCAUGCAAUGUUUUCACAAAAAAGUAAGAAAAACUCAAAAAGCACACUCCCGAUAACAAAAAAUCAUCAAAACAAAAUACAUGUAGUUAGUGGUUCUAAAGUACAACCUAUUACAGACUAUCAACAGCCUCCAAUCACUUCACCAAAGCAGCAGUAUUUAGAUAAUUGGCCAUCUCUUCAUGCUUCAUUGAAAUGUGCAGUGAAAGCACCAAAAAAUUUGCCAUCAGUUCCUCAUUAUGACAAUCCAGAGUAUUCAAAAUCUCAGAAACGAAGAAAAGUUAGCAUGAACUUAUUUAUCAGUGAUAAGUUCAAAAAAACCUUACAAGCAAAGACAAAAUCUACCAACUCUUAUAAACAUUCUACUACUGAAGCUACAGUAAUAAAGUCUAUUUCAUCGUGCUCCUUUAGAAAGCAUAGCCAUUGCCCUAUUAAUGAAGAGCUACUAGCUGCUACAUUAACUCCUAGCAACUAUAAAGAGAAGUUUCACCAGUUAUUGUGUCGGGAAGAAGAUGAACAUGAGAGGAUCCUUAGAGACAAAUGCAAUGGUCUCUAUGAUGUAAAGCUGUCAAGUAUUAAAUUGUGUUUGAAGAGGCACAUUGAGAGGUAUCAAGACAAGUAUAAAUCAUUUUAUACAAUAUGGAACACACAACUUGAUGCUGAUACAAUAGCUUAUGCUAUGCAGGCAAGUGAAGGUAUAGUUAUUCUCCAUUUGUCUAUUGGAGAUGUGCAAGCAGAUAUUCUACAGACAAAAGAUAAAAUUUACUUUCUACUGGGGCUUGCAAUAAAUCCUGGAGUUGAACAACAAUCAAAUGUCAACGUCACCUUUGUUUUAAAGUAUUCAUAUUUUGAUCGCCUUCAUCAGGUCUUAGACAACUUACCUCAAGCCAUAAUUAGUCGUCUAAUGCCAAGUGAUCCUUGUAAUUUUAGCAAUGUAAAUGUUGUUUUUAAUAAUGAAGAUAUUCGUCUGAUUUCAUGUGUUCGUGAUAUAGUCAAAUUAGAAUAUUCGCAGAGGAAGGCACUUCAUUCUAUAAUGAGCUGUGAAGCUGACAAAGCACCUGUUAUAAUUGUAGGUUCAUUUGGAACAGGAAAAACACGAUUGCUUGCUCGUGCUGCAUAUCAAAUAUUACUACAAGACCGAACAAGCAAGAUUCUUAUCUGUGCUCAUCAUCAGCACUCUGCAGACACUUUUAUGGCCAAUUACUUUUCAAAGAUGAUUGAGUCUGGUUGGCGUUGUGGCAAGGUUAUUCGCUUGGUACCCUCUAAGGAUUAUGAUGCUCCUUUAUUUUGUGCAAAGUAUUAUGCUACAAUUAAAGAUUGGCAUUUCAAGAGGCUGGACGAAAUCAGUGUGAUUGUCACAACCUUUUCUACUUCCGUUCAUAUGCUUGAAGUUGUCCAUGAAGGAUUUUUUAGUCAUAUUUUAUUAGAUGAAGGUGCUCAGACUCGAGAACCUGAAUCUGUUGCUCCUCUUUGUUUUGCUGAUGAUAAUACAAAAAUUGUAAUUGCAGGAGACCACAAACAAGUUGGUCCCUCUAUGUUAGUACUUGGUAAACUAGCUAUUAAAAAUGGUCUUAGUCUGUCAUUGCUGGAGAGACUCUAUACUCUUUAUAAUGAUGAGAGGCUAAUUGAUGCUUCAUCAGUACACUCUGCUACUCUUCUCACUAAUUUUAGAUGUCAUCAUGCAAUAUUGUCACUUCCAUCUUACUUAUUUUAUGAUUCUACAUUAAUUACCGCUGCUAAAGCUGUCACUCAUCUACACCCUGAAGCUAAAUACCCUCUUCACUUUAUAUGCUCUGAUCUUAGUGAAGCUAAAGAAGUGCGUACUGACACAAAUGAAUUUGAAGUCACAAUAUUAUUACAAGAAUUGAGUAAAUAUGUUAAGAGCUGGCCAGAUCAAUGGGGUGAAAUGGAUCUUUCUAAAAUUUGUGUUAUGGCAACAACAGCUCACCAAAAAUCCUGUGUUAUUAAAGCCUUAUUUCAUUAUUCACAUCUUAAAGACAUUGAUGUUCGAACUGUUUUUGAUAUUCAAGGUUGUGAAUAUGAGGCAAUUUUUCUCAGUACAGCAGAGCCUACUACAGGAAAAGGCAGAUCUAAAAAUCCAACCAAGACUCCUUGCAGUCAAUAUGUAUUCAAUACUGCAUUAACACGUGCUAAAUCGCUUGUAGUGUGUGCUGGUAAUCCGUUUCUAUUGAUGACAAUAGAAGAAAGCAUGGGUAAUGAAUGCUCUUGUUGGAAAGAGUACAUUAGAAGGUGUAUACUUUCUAAAACUUUUGUAGUACCUUCUAAACUUAACCAUGAAACAAGCCACGCUAUCACUCAAGAUCCUAUUAAAAUGCUGCAAGAGAUAAUUUUUAAGUUUUCUCCUGCUUUAAGCAUACAUUUGUCUGUUAAAGAUAGCAUAUUGAAAUCAUUUCAGCAAGCAUUAAAUUCUAUACCACAGUACAAAAACUGCAAAUUAAAAAUGGUUGAUGAUUCAAAAUGGAAUAUUGUUGAUGUAAGCUUAUCUGAUAUGGAUGAAAUAGGACUUGACAGUGAAGAGAAUGAAGGUGAGAAAAUAGGUGUUUUUGAUUGUGAAUUACAAGUUAAAAACUAUCGUUCGGCUGUUGCAGUUCCUCUUGAUCACUCAAAGGAGCCCAUAGUUAUUAAUGGGUUUAAUAAUAGAAGAGGAGCUUUCAACAAUGAUAUAGUGCAAGUGGAAGUUACCACAUAUACCUCUGCCGAUGAUAGCUCUAAAGAAGUAAUAGUUAAGACAUCUGGUAAAGUAGUAAAAGUUAUUGAAGAGCGGCAUCCAACUAGGUAUGUAUGCCGUGCUGAUCAAUAUGGCUUCAUUAACUUUUACCCUCUUGAUAAAACAGCUCCUGUCAUUGUUAACCUUCCAAAAAUUUCGUACAACCUUCUUCGAUAUCGUCCAAAGGAUGACCAGGCCCCAAUGGUGCAUGAUUACAUUACAGUGUUUAGGGAAGACUCAAUUUUUGAUGCUAAUGAUAAAAUCCCUCGUAUAAGGGAGCUCAUACCAUUUGAAUUGUCGCAAAGUCUUUUGUUUGUUGUUAUUGUCCUCUGUUGGAAGCCAAAAUAUCGAAAGGCAUUAGGAGCUGUUGUUGAAGCUGUUCCACGCACUUCAAACCUUUUCUUUACUAAUCAUUUGCUUAACCUUGUAUAUUACAUUGACGAAGAAGAUGAAGAAGUGCAUGCACCACUUCAACCUCCAAAUGAAACUAACAAGCUUCAUCAUUAUAAUCGAGCAUUUACCAUUGAUCCUCCUUUAUCUAAAGAUUUAGAUGAUGCAGUCAGUUUGACACCUCUUCCUCAAGAUGGUAAUUAUGAGCUGGCAGUUCUUAUAGCUAAUGUUGCCAAACGUAUAAAUGAAAACCAUCCUUUAGACAAGAAAGCUAAACAGAGGGGGACAUCUGUAUAUGGUGCUAAACAGAGAGGUGCUCAACGAGUGCAUCACAUGUUUCCAUCCAGUAUCACGUCUCAAUUGAGCCUUGACUAUUUGAAAAAACGGCAUGUUUUAUGUGUACCUGCUACAGUAGUCAUAGAAGAAGGAGUGGUAACUAGUGUAGUGUCUGGUGAUCCAAAGGAAGCAAUGGUCACUUCUCAAAUACAAUUCACUUAUGAAUCUGCUAAAAAGGUAAUGCAUAAUGAAGAGGUUGAUGUUGAGACAAGAAGGCAAGUUGAAGCUUUUGAUGCUGCCAGCAGACCAAGCCUACUAAUGGCUGAUACUCUUAAUCUACUAUAUAAGAUAGCUAUGUACUUACGCAUUAAGAGGUUAAAUGAUGCUGGUUACUGUUAUGAUCGAUCUGAGGAAGGUGAAGAAAGUAACUGGCAGACUCAUCUUCUUAUAGAAGAAUUAAUGAUAUUCUGUAAUGCAGCAAUUGCUGAUUAUCUUCGGGAAAGAAUCCCGCAACAAAGUGCCUUAUUUUUAGUACAACAACCUCCUCUGGAAGUUGAGAGGCAUAAUUUUAUUAAGCAGAAUCAUAAAUACUUGCAACAGUCUCUGUCUCUUAAUUAUUACUUGAAUGACUUUAACAAUGAACAAGCAGCUCCUUUUAUUAUGCCCAAUACAACACUUCAAUUACUUGUUGAUGCAUGCUCUAAUGGAGAUCACAUCACAUUAGCUUCUAUUCUUAGCAAUAAUAAGCUUUAUCCACAGCUAGCAAUGGCAGAGGCUAUGUCACGAACAAUCAAUAGGAAAGCCACUUAUAUUGUGGAGAAUAGCAGUGAGCAUAACUGUAAUCAUCAUGUUCAUAGUGGUCUUUUGCUACCAGCAUAUACUCAUUUUACAUCACCUAUCAGAAGAUAUGCUGAUUUGAUAGUCCAGAGAUUAGUAACAUCACUCAUUGAAGGAAGGUCUAUAGCAGAAAAUUCUGAUAUAUACAUGUAUAAGAAACUUGCUAAGUUGUGCUCUCAACUGAAUGUCAGAAAUAAAGCUGCUAAAGAUUUUGAAAGAGCUGAUAAUAAAGCAUGUAUAACCAGAAGCUGUGAGAUCUCACUAGAGAGAACAGAGGCUUUUGUGAUUGAAUCUUCUAAGAAAAGCAAUGACUUGUUUGAGUUAUCUUUCACUUCAAAUCAUUAUGAGUGUAUUCAUAGCCAAGACACAUCAUUUAGCAUAUCAGAUCUUAAUAGUCAUCACAAAACUAAAGAUGGAGCUAUUGUAUGGAAAAUAGUGUCAAUAUCAUUGCAUCAAUCGUUCAACCUCUUCUCACAUCCUGAUGUAAUGAAAAUUGAUAUGCCUUCUUCUGGUCUCAAAGCUCCUCAUUGCUCCAUUGCUGCUAAAUUGUAUCAAUACACACAAGGGCUUAAAGAAGGAGAACCACGCCUUCAUCGGUCAAAUUCUAAUUUUGCAGUUUGUAAUAAAGGCAUUACUCUUAGUUUAGAAUGCUGGGUUGUAACACACCAGUAUCUUAAGUGUCAAAAUGAAGACAAUUUUAAAGAAGUAAAAAGUCUAAUUCUCCAGUUGCAACAAGAAGCCAGUAAAGACCAACCCCAAUCAAAAAGAGAUGAACAGAGUGUUGCAAUAACAUAUGAAAUUCAACGACCUUUUACAGCUAAUGAUAUAGUGACAGUUUGGCUAGGAAAGUCUCUUAAAGAGUGUCUCCCAGUACCAGCUAUUCAAUUAAUGGAAAUAGCACCAACAGUUCGUGUGUGCCUUCAUCAUAACAAGUAUCCUUCUCUCUGCUUCUCUGAUGUACAGCUACAAAAUGCAUCACUUGCUACUGGAUAUUAUUCAAUAGAACAGUAUGUACAGCUUUGGAGUAAAGUCUUUAUUGCAGAAUCUGUUUACGACAGUGUAAGGACAAAAAACCUCAUAUUUAUUAGACAUGCUCCUCUAAAGUGGAAUGGAUUUAGUCGAGUUGAUAAUUGUGUUGAUGAUCCUUACUAUGUACCAAAAGAUGAAGUUUCUCUUGUCAUACCACCUAAGAAUCAAGACUCAUUGGAUUUCAUUAGUAUCAAAUCUGGUGACUUCCUUUGUGUUCGAUAUGAGAUAAGUGAUAGUCUCAAUGCUGUCUAUCAUUUUGUUGUGACUAGUGUUGAACAAGGAAAAAAGAAAAGAAGACAUCGAAAGGAUAUAAAAAAUAUUAUAAUAAGAAUGUGUGCUGAAGGUGAUCACUCAUGUAGAGUCACAGAGAAUAUGUAUCAAGAAUUGAAAAAAGGAAGCCAAACUUGUGAAAUACAGAUAAUACCAAUGCCAGAUUCUUUUCACCGAGUAUAUGCAAGAAUGAAAGAAGCAUUAAGGGAUAACAAUAAGUGGUCUAGCCUUUCUAAAACAAUUUUAAUUUCUGACACAAUUAGAUCAAAUUAUUUUAAUGGACUCACUGCUACGAAAAAGGAACUUGAAAUUUCACUUAAAGUAUUUAAUUAUGAUCCACUGGCAAAGCAACUAUGGAAAGGAGAAGGUGGCAUUGAAUUAAACCCUAUACAGCAAGAUUCAAUUAAAAGAGCUCUGACAAAUAAGUUUCAGUUGAUUCAAGGACCGCCUGGUACAGGAAAGAGUGAGACUGGGGCACAUUUAGCUUACAUUUUCUCAGUAACAAAUAAAAAAAUAUCGGAAGAAGACCCAAUGUCUUGUAAGAAAAAGUCAGUACUGUAUUGUGGUCCCUCUAACAAAUCAGUAGAUGUGGUUCAUAAGAACCUACAUUUAUUGAAGGCUUUAAACAACAAAUUAAAAAUUCUUCGUAUUUAUGGACGCACUCAUGAGCGUAAUGAUUAUCCAGAUCCUGUUUUUGAUCUGACACAAGAAAGAACAAACAGACAUGAUGAUGGUGGGGGUCGUGUUUUAGAUGAGUUUCGUGAUGAAUCAUUACAUGAAAUAAUAAGGCACAAUUGCCUUGAAAUAGUAGCUACUGAGAGCAGACUAAAAGAACUACUGGAUCAAGGUAUCAUCCCAUCAUUAGAUGAAAGAAAUAGGUAUAAGAAAUUGAUCACUUUUGAAGAGAUGAAGGAAAUUCAAAAUAACUAUGAUGUUAUUCUUUGCACUUGUAAUGAAACAUGCAGUCAACGGUUGUUGAGUUCCAAAGACAUACUAGCUCAGUGUAUAAUAGAUGAGUCUGGCAUGGCCACUGAGCCUGAGACAAUAGCUGCAAGCAGUUUAUGUGAACAUGUAGUGCUGAUAGGAGAUCACAAGCAGCUACAACCAGUUGUUAAAUAUUCUCCAGCCAAAGAGUGUGGCCUGGGUACUUCAUUGUUUGAGAGAUAUGCUAAUCAGUUUGAGGAAGCUGAUGAUCCACACUUGAUAACAUUGGAACUACAGUAUAGAAUGCAUUCAUUCAUAUGCCAAGGACCAUCAAAUAUUUUUUAUGAUGGUAAAUUGAAAGCUGAUCAAAUUGUUCAAGACAGAGGUCCACUGACUCAAUCCAUGGAUUCAUUUUGGCCUAGAGGACAGCUACAUCCUGUUUUAUUUCUGAAAGUUUAUGGAAUGGAAAGAUCUACAGAUUACAAAUAUUCAAGAAAAGUUGAUUCUCAUUCUAAAUGUAAUGAUGAGGAAGCUGAAGCUGUGGUAAAUUAUAUCAAAAUGCUAGUAAAAGAACAUGAUGUUAAACAUGACAGCAUAGCAGUCCUCACUCCUUAUGGUGCACAAAAGAAUCUUGUUGCUGAAAUGAUAAAGAAUGACCCUGAGCUAAAAACAAAGGAAAGUUUAAGUGUUGCUACUAUAGUUGAGAGUCAAGGUGAUGAGUAUGAUAUUGUCAUACUAACAACUGUCAGAUCACAAGAAGUCAGUGAAAUCAGGUAUAAACAGUAUGUUCAACCUGACAGACAAUGGUUAAAUGAAAAUCUUGGUUUCCUGACUGAUGAUCAUCAAAUCAAUGUUGGCAUCACUCGUGCAAGAUAUGGGCUUAUAAUCAUUGGUAAUGAUAUAUUACUAAAGUAUGAUGCAACAUGGAAUAAGCUGAUUGAAAUUUAUGAAAAUGAAGGAUGCAUUUAUACAGUAUAGUUAGCAAUAGUUUAAAUUAUUUUUGAAGCAUCGGCUGAUAUAUUCAUGUAACAUACUUGUAUUUUAGAUUAAUUUUUUAUCUCCUUUUAAUUAAUAUAAACGAAAGAAUAAUUGUUAUAUUUUUAUUAUCUAUGUGAAGUUUGCCACUUAUA